UGUAGGAAAUAAAGGUGUCAUAUACGCUGCACUUCAAGUCUUAGAUAUUGGAGAAAUAGAUGAGGGGAAAAUGGACUACCUUUUUCAUGUUUUUGUGAAUACAGCGUGGAGAGAUAGCAGACUGAAAUUUAGUGCUUUGAACAUUACUAAAUAUCCGAUGUUCUUGCAUGAAUGCUGUUUGCGUUACAUAUGGGAACCAGACAUAUAUUUCGAAACUGUUAAGCACAUUGAAAGCUUUCAAGGUUUGACUACAGAUGCACUUCUUGAAGUUUUCCAAGAUGAAACUGUCUUUAAAAGCAGGCGGUAUUUAUUUAAAGCUGGUUGCAACAUGGAUUUUACAUUGUACCCAUUUGACGUUCAAAAUUGCUUGUUUCUAGUGGGUCUAAUGCAUCCUGAUUCAGAAGCUGUUCUAAAAUGGAUUGAUGAUGAAAACAGUCCAUAUCGAGACAUGAUUGAUGUAAUUGAAAUGGUACGUCAUCCAGAGCCAUUGCAGUUUUAUCUUCUUAAGCCAACAUCUCAUUCUAUUACUGAAGUUUUUGGAGACAAAGUACAAAUGAAGAACCACAUUUUAUACUAUUCUACAAGCUUUUGGAUCGACAUAAAGUUUGAAAUAUUCUCUUCUAUAACUUCUAGGUAUUUAUUUAAAGCUGGUUGCAACAUGGAUUUUACAUUGUACCCAUUUGACGUCCAAAAUUGCUUGUUUCUAGUGGGUCUAAUGCAUCCUGAUUCAGAAGCUGUUCUAAAAUGGAUUGAUGAUGAAAACAGUCCAUAUCGAGACAUGAUUGAUGUAAUUGAAAUGGUACGCCAACCAGAGCCAUUGCAGUUUUAUCUUCUUAAGCCAACACCUCAUUCUGUUACUGAAGUUUUUGGAGACAGGGCCUACACAACCCUGAUAGCCAACAUCACACUGGUACGGAGGUUAACUGGGAGCAUAAUAAACACUUAUGUUCCAUCAACUUUGAUAGUCAUUAUGAGUUGGGUCACAUUUUGGAUAGAGACAACUGCUGUGCCAGCCAGAGUAGCCCUCAGCAUUACUUCGUUACUAACUCUUUGUACCCAGGUUGAGCAAUAUAAGUCUCAAUUCCCACCUGUAAGUUACAUGAAAGCGAUGGAUAUAUGGUUAUUCGUAUGCAUAUUUAUGGUAUUUUCAACUUUAGUGGAAUUUGCAUUUGCCUAUAACUUAUCUAUUCAACUGUGUAAGAAUUGUUCAAUUUUAAAAAAUGAUAAAAGACCCAACCAACCCAUUGGAAGUGUGAAGAUCCAAGAUUGGUUACGUGAUAUAAAACAUUCUACAAAAAUCGUUUGCUCCACUUCAAAAGAAAUUAGAAAUCAUCAGACAGCAUCUUCAAAGCAGACUGUUCCGAAAAUAUCUGCUGCUUUUUGUGAGGCAGAUUCAGAAUUUUGUUCUGUUAAUAAACGAAGAAGUCAAUCUGUUGACAAUUUAAGCAAGAAAUUGUUUCCUUUAUUCUUCAUCACUUUUGCGAUUGUUUACUGGGCAUAUUUUUUGAAUAAAUCAAGUAUCUUGCAUCUGUAUGUGAUGAUGUCUUUUUCGUUGCUACCACUUUUUUAUUCAUAA